AUGGCUUUGCAAGUGCAGGCCACACUUCAUACUACAAGAUCCACACGACCUUCAUUAUUAUCUCCAACACUCUCUAGUCCAUCUGCUUUGAAGUCAUCUUUCUUGUCUCGUUCCCUUAACCUCGUACUUCAUCCUAAUCAACAACAUAGUCUUGUUUAUGGACCUCCUAGGUUUACCAUGCGUGUAGCUUCCAAACAAACCUAUAUCUGUCGUGACUGCGGGUAUAUUUACAGUGAGAGGAACCCCUUUGAGAAAUUGCCUGAUAAAUACUUCUGCCCUGUUUGUGGUGCUCCAAAAAGAAGGUUUAAGCCCUAUGCUCCACCUGUCAACAAAAAUGCAAAUGAAAAAGAUGUUAGAAAGGCAAGAAAAGCUGAACUUCAAAGAGAUGAAGCGAUUGGGAAAGCACUUCCUAUUGCAGUUGCCGUGGGAGUUGUAGCUCUUGCAGGAUUAUACUUUUAUCUCAACAGCACAUUUUAG